AUGGAUCCAGGUGUUGUCAAAUUUUAUCAAAAAGUUCUUUCAGAUCCAUCUGUUAGUCACUAUUUUAAAAACACAAACAUGAAAGAAAUAGACAGAAAUGUAAUAGAAGUUCCUUACUAUGAUGAAACUACUAGAGCAGAUAUUGUUGGAGUCAAAUGA